CAAACUUUAAAAUCGGUUUAUUUCGACUACAGCGCUGGCUGCUAACGGACGGUUUGCCGGUUUGGUACGCAACACAACUGUGCACGGAAUAGAAAAAGCACAACAAAAGAAAUAAAAUAUUCGUGAAGGUGAAUAAUGGUGAAGAGUAGUGGCGUUUUUGUUUUUUUUGACUAUUAACCGUUGAGGAGUAUGUUCGUUAGCUAACUGUAAACCGGAAAUCUAUUACUAUUUACGUUUCAUAACUGCAUUACCGGAAGUGUGACAAAGUCAAGCUUUUUACAACAAACACAUCAUACAUAUAUACAGCACACACAUGAAGAUGCAUUUCACACAUUUAUUACCUCAUCUUACGGCGGCAAUAUUUUAUUGCUUCCUCAUUUGGCACACGCCCACAUUGGCUCAGCAGACAUUCGUCAAACUGUGUGAUGUACAAAACUUCGAUGAUUAUCUCGCGCAAACGGGGAAAGUCUAUAAAGAUGAGAAAGAUCGUCAAUAUCGUGAAUCCAUAUUUAUUGGCAAGAAAUCACUUGUGGAUCUAACAAACAAAUAUGCUGCUUCAGGGCUGAGCUCAUUCCAAUUGGCCAUUAACCCGCUGGCCGAUUUAACGCGUCGCGAGGUGGGCAGGAUGACAGCGUCGAGGAUUACAUUUAUUGGCGAGGAAAUCACCUCGAAACAUACCAACUUUGUCACUGCCAAAGCAAAUAUUCAAAAUUUGCCUGACUCAUUCGAUUGGCGCGAAAAAGGUGGAGUCACGCCGCCCGGCUUUCAGGGUUUCGAUUGCGGCUCAUGUUGGUCAUUUGCCACCGCUGCUGCGCUCGAGGGUCACCUGUUUCGCCGGACCGGCAUUUUGGUGCCACUUUCACAACAGAAUCUGGUCGAUUGCGCUGAGGAGUAUGGUAAUAUGGGCUGUGACGGCGGCUUUCAGGAGUAUGGCUUUGAAUAUAUACGCGAUCAUGGCAUAUCGAUUGCGAACAAUUACCCAUACACACAAAUGGAGAAUGCCCAAUGUCAUCGUAACGAUACGGGAAAGGGUGUACAAAUACGUGACUAUGCACGUAUCAAGCCGGGUGAUGAGGAGAAAAUGAAGGAAGUCAUUGCAACGUUGGGGCCGUUGGCUUGUUCCAUUAAUGGUGCGCCUAUUUCUUUUGAGCAAUACAUGGGCGGCAUAUAUGAUGAUAAUGAGUGCAAUCAGGACGAGGUGAAUCACUCGAUUGUGGUGGUUGGUUAUGGCACCGAGAACGGUCGAGACUAUUGGAUUAUUAAGAAUUCAUAUUCGGAAAAUUGGGGUGAAGGUGGCUUUAUGCGGCUACUGAGGAAUGCGAAUAGUUUUUGUGGUAUUGCCAGCGAGUGCAGUUAUCCAAUUUUAUAAAAAAAAAAAA